GUAUCCAGUGACGCGUUUGCUCUCAGACGGAAGAAGUCCCAGGUUUGGUACACAAACAACUCCAGAGGUUUCAAACACAGAACAUUCCACAUGUCAUAGACUGCAGGGAUGUAAUAAUGGAAAAGUAGAAGGGAGAAACUCUCUCAACCAAAGACGGUUCUCACAGCCAUGGCCUCUGACCUCCAUGCAGCAAUUUUUAUAGCCAAACAAGAGCGACACAAAAAUCUUUUCCUGAACUACAGAAACCUCAACAAUUUCCCUGUGGAGCUGCUCAGAGAUGAAGGGAUGCAGUUCCUGGAGCGUCUCUUCAUGAAGAGGAACUCCCUCACAACACUUCCAGAAAAUCUGGCUCAGAAGCUUCCCAACCUGAUUGAAUUAUACCUGCACUCAAACAAUAUUGCAAUAAUCCCUCAAGCAAUUGGCGAACUUGUGAAGCUGCAGUCGCUGGACCUGAGUGACAACGCUCUUCAAAUCAUCUGCCCAGAGAUUGGUCAGCUGCGCUCAUUACGACACCUGCGAUUGGCCAACAAUCAGCUGAAGUUUCUCCCGCAAGAGCUGGGGGAUCUCCGAGAGCUGGAGACUCUGGACGUGUCCAUGAACCUCCUGAGGACUCUACCAGAGCGUCUGCACCAGUGUCUGUCCCUGCAGUGUCUGACGGCAGACCGCAACCUGCUGCACUGCCUUCCCCGCCAGCUCUGUCUGCUGCCCGACCUCAAUGAGCUCUCCAUGGCCGCCAACUGCCUGACAUCACUGCCGCUGGAUCUGGGGCGCUCCAUGGAGCUGCAGUUUGUCUUUGUGGACAACAAUGCUCAACUGAAGGCUCUCCCAUCAUAUCUUUAUAACAAAGUCAUCGGCUGCAGUGGCCUACGAACACAGCAAAACGAAACAGCGUUCCUCUGGACCAUGGUGCUACAGAAGACAGCACAUGACAAGGACUACAAAAACAAACUGUGUGGUCUAGCUGCACAGAUCUCUGAUGUGAAGCAGCUCUGCUUGAUGCUGGGAGAUGUGACUGUUCCUCUGCCCUCUGAAGUGAAGGCCAUCGGCUCCGAGACAGACCGUGUGUUGCCUCUGGAAGAGCUAGCUUGCAGAGUCCUUCAUGCAGCCCACAACUGGACCGAUGUGAAGUUCCUAACUCCGUUCCUGUUGCCCAAGAGUCUGCUGGAUGUGGUCCGGUGGCCUCUGGGUCACUGUCACCGCUGCAGUCAGCCCAUGUUCACCAUUGUCUACCCCAAACUGUUCCCGCUCAGAGAGACUGCACUCGCAGGGGUGCACAAGAGAUUUUCUCUGUUUUCUCACACAGAACCACAGUGAGUUUCGUAGCGUACUGCUGCUCUGGCCAGUGUCUGAGGACGUUUGACCUGCAGGGCUGAAGUCUUGCACGCCAUAACCUCACAUCACCGCUCAUGGUGCUUUCAUCUUCACAAAGGAUGUUGCAAUAGACUUUCCGCAGAACUGAGACCUUUCUGAGCUUCAAGCUCCAUUUCAGAAACAUUUGACAGCCCACCAUCCUGAAGAUCUUCAUGACUAAAACCAGCAGUUGGUUAACCUGAUUACAUUUCACAAAUGAAUGUAGAAUGAGAAGAACUGAAACAAUCGAACAAUGGCCCGUUCAAACAAUAAAGUAUUGUUUGUGUUGGGAUUAUUAGGGUUUACUGUAACCAAAAAGGUUGAGGCUGUAACCAGAAGAGGGUUUCUUGAGAAACUUAACAGUUAUUCUGUGUUUUAAAGAUUACCAACAUUUAUCAAUUUAAAACUGGUGAGUUUUUAAGUGAGAUUUUUGUUUCCAUUUGAAGGGAAAAUAGAUUUUUUUUCAGUGCUCUUUACUGAAAAUUUUACUAAAAGGUCAUGUUUCUUCAAAAAGGAUUGUUUGCAAGUUACAAAUUCACAUCUCACUAUUGUUUUAAACCGUGACCCAAUACUUGCCUUUUUAAAUAUAAAUGUAUGUAAUUUUAAUGAGGCUCAUAAUCAAGUGUAUGUGUGUGCUGAAAGUGACCAGGAUUGUUACAAGUCUUUUGUGAAGCUUUGACUACAAACUGUUAUUAAGUGCCAGUUGACUUUAAUGAACACACAAAAUUGAUUGUUCUCAAUGAAGGCAGCUUCAAGGGACUGUACUAUUUUUGCGUAAGAUAAUAUUUUCGAAAGACAGAGACACAUGAAUUGUGAGAUUUGCUGAUACUACACUACAGCUGUGCCAUAUACUGGAGCAACAUUGUUCAGCUUUCAGAUUUCUCUUUCCAUUUAUUUAGACAUGCACAUGACUUUCUUACUAAGUUGAUGUGUUGAUGUUACCGUUACAGUUUUCUCAAAUAAAGCAGCCUGGUCUUCUAGAACAGAAAAGAUCCAGUGUCUUUAUUUUCUCGGAAGAGUUUGUUCAGCUUUUUCACAACGUUGUUGUUGUUGUUUCAUGCUGUUGUUUGAAUGUUUGGCAAUAAUAACAAUGUUUAAAACCUCUCUUGUAUGGUUUCUAAUUUCAAAUGUAUGUUUAAAUUGAAUUUCAUUCAUAUUGAGCACCAUUUCGACUUGUGUGAAUGUAACCGUCUCUACACUGGUAUCUGUUAUCAACACUGUGCAGCACAGAUGCAGCAUAAAUGUAUAUACUCAUAUGCCAGAGUCGGCCGCUGCCGCUCCGUUCAGAUUGUUUUUGUCUAUUUUAUGAUUAAAGUUAUGUUUAACGUC